AUGUCGGCCACUGGUACUUUUCGGGGAAAGCCCAAUCAAACAAUCGGGAGAGGAAGGCUGCCCGACUUCGGAAACGAUCCCACAGCUUCCCACAUCCCCCGACCCCGACCAGAAACUGCUGCUACAACCCAAACCCCCUCAAGUGAAGUUGGAAGUGGCACAAUGAGCGCCGCAAGUAGCAGACAGCGACAAAACCAGUCGAAACGCGAUGAGGCUAUCCGCCGCAAAAUGGAGGCCGACCUCAGCAAAAAGAGGAAUGCUCCAGCAAAAUCGAGAAGCUCCCGCAAGGCUCCCCCUGGUACCGUCCUCGCCCUAAAGCCAAGUCAGGCUCUCCAGAUCAAGCCCGCCAUGAGCAUUGCAGAGGCUGCACAGCUCAUGGCGGCCAAGAGAGAGGACUGUGUGUUGGUCACGGACGACAACGAGCGAAUUUCGGGUAUCUUCACUGCCAAGGAUUUGGCUUUCAGAGUCAUUGGAAUGGGCCUAAAGGCGCGAGAUGUCUCCGUUGCUGAGAUCAUGACCAAAAACCCCCUAUGCGCAAGAACGGAUACCAGUGCGACCGACGCACUCGACCUUAUGGUGCGAAAAGGAUUCAGACAUUUGCCUGUCAUGGACGAGAACCAGGACAUCUCCGGUGUUUUGGAUAUUACCAAGUGUUUCUAUGAUGCUAUGGAGAAGUUGGAACGUGCGUACAGUUCUUCUCGCAAACUUUAUGACGCGCUGGAGGGUGUACAGACCGAACUUGGCUCUAGUCAACCCCAGCAGGUCAUCCAAUAUGUGGAAGCAUUGCGGUCGAAGAUGUCCGGCCCGACCCUUGAGACCGUCUUGGAUGGCUUGCCGCCCGUCACUGUUUCUGUUCGCACCACAGUGAAGGAGGCUGCGGCUUUGAUGAAGGAACACCACACUACUGCUCUGCUGGUUCAGGACCAAGGCUCCAUCACCGGUAUCUUUACUAGCAAGGAUAUUGUUCUUCGUGUCAUUGCUCCCGGCCUUGACCCUUCCACUUGCAGUGUUGUCCGUGUUAUGACUCCCCACCCCGAUUUUGCCCCGUCGGAUAUGAGUAUCCAGGCUGCGCUUCGCAAGAUGCAUGAUGGCCACUACCUCAAUCUACCCGUGAUGAACGAGGGUGGUGAAAUUGUCGGCAUGGUGGAUGUCUUGAAGCUCACAUAUGCCACUCUUGAACAGAUCAAUACCAUGUCAACCCAAGACGACGAGGGUCCCGCGUGGAACAAGUUCUGGUUGUCUAUGGAUCACGAGUCCGACUCUAUGAUCUCUGGCAGCCAAAGCCAUCAGCCUCACACCCCACACCGCUCUGUGGUGAGCCCCGAUCUCACUCGCUCGGGCUACGACAACAGUCUUCUUCCCAACGACUCUGCAUCGCACCACGGUGACGAGCACUCAGAAGUUAUCUCCCAGCACCACCCAGCAGAACCAGCUCCUCCUACACCAUUCCCCUUCAAGUUCAAGGCUCCUGGCGGCCGAGUACACCGUGUGAAUGUACUCACCACCAGCGGUGUUACCGACCUUGUGUCGCAGGUCACAGCGAAGCUUGGUAAGGAAGUCGAGGCAGUUGGAGGUGUGCCUACGGUUGAGGAGGGCUGCCUAAGCAAUACUGGAUAUGCGCUCAGCUACCUGGACAAUGAAGGGGAUACCGUCUCAAUCACUACGGACCAGGAUAUGACAGAUGCCAUCGAUCUGGCUCGUCGUGCUGACCGCGACAAGGUCGAUUUGUUUGUUCACGACCCCGCCCAGCCACCCAUUGCUGCUCCCGUUGAAUCCCAACAACAUGUCAAAAUUGUGACUCCUGUCGAGGAGCAGACCCUCGCUGAGGAACCUGCACCAGAAGAAUCUGUUGUGAGCAAGGUCCGGCCGCAGCAACAAGCUAUGUCCGCUCACUCUCCAGACGAGCAAUUGAUCGCUGGCGUGCCCAACGAUUUGCUGCUCCCCGGUGCCAUUGUCACCCUAGCUGCGGUCAUUGCAGGUGUGUUCAUCCUCAGCCGUCCCAGUGGACGCUAA